UAAAAAAUAAAGGCCCUUUGAAUGAGUAGGUUUUUCUAAAACUUGACCGGUAGUGUAGUUAUACAGUACAUUCGGAAAGUAUUCAGAUCCUUUGUCUUUUUGUUAGGUUACAGCCUUAUUCUAAAAUGGAUUAAAUCGUGUUUUUCCUCAUCAAUCUAUACACCACCACAUCAUUUAUAUAUUUUUUACAUUUAAAAAAUGAUCACAUUUACAUAAGUAUUUCUGACCCUUUACUCAGUACUUUGUUGAAACACUUUUGGCAGUGAUUACAGCCUUGAGUCUUCUUGUAUGAUGCUACAACCUUGGCACACCUGUAUUUGGGGAGUUUCUCUCAUUCUUCUAUGCAGAUCCUCUCAAGCUCUGUCAGGUUGGAUAAGGAGUGUUGCUGCACAGCUAUUUUCAGGGAUGUUCGAUCGGGUUCAAGUCCGGACUCUGGCUGGGCCACUCAAGGACAUUCAGAGACUUGUCUCGAAGCCACUCCUGCGUUGUCUUGGCUGUGUGCUUGACCUGUUGGAAGGUGAACCGUCGCCCCAGUCUGAGGUCGUGAGCGCUCUGGAGCUUUUAGCAAACUCCAAGCGAGCUGUCAUGUGCCUUUUACUGAGGAGUGGCUUCUGUCUGGCCACUCUACCAUGAAGGCCUGAUUGGUGGAGUGCUGCAAAGAUGGUUAUCCUUUUGGAAGGGUCUCCCAUCUCCAUAGAGCAACUCUAGAGCUCUGUCAGAGUGACCAUUGGGUUCUUGGUCACUUCCCUGACCAAGGCCCUUCUCCCCCGAUUGUUCAGUUUGGCCGGGCAGCCAGCUCUAGGAAGAGUCUUGGUGGUUCCAAACUUGUUCCAUUUAAGAAUGAUGGAGGCCACUGUGUUCUUGGGAAACUUCAAUGCUGCAGAAAUGUUUUGGUACACUUCCCCAGAUCUGUGCCUUGACACAAUCCUGUCUCGGAGCACAACGGACAAUUCCUUUGACCUCAUGGCUUGAGGUUAUUGCUCUGACAUGCACUGUCAACUGUGGGACCUUAUAUAGACAGGUGUGUGCCUUUGCCAAAUCAUGUCCAAUCAAUUGAAUUUGCCACAGGGGGACUCCAAUUAAGUUGUAGAAACAUAUAAAGCAUGAUCAAUGGAAAAAGGAUGAUCAAUGGAAACAGGAUGCACCUGAGCUCAAUUUCGUGUCUUAUAGCAAAGGGUCUGAAUAAUUUUGUAAAUAAGGUAUUUCUGUUUUUUUUUAAACCCGUUUACUCGUUGUCAUUAUUGGAUAUUGUGUGUAGAUUGAAGAUUUGUAUUUAUUUAAUCCAUUUUAGAAAUUUGGAAAAUUGAAGGGGUCUGAAUACUUUCCAAAGGCAUUCCCACUGACUAGGUCUAUAGGCUGCAGUGCUGUCCAAUCAUUCUCUCCCAAAAACAGAGCUCAAAGUCCAUUGCAGAGUUUGACCUGAGGUCGGUGCACUAUGAGGUGAAAUCGCCAAAAUGCCACGAGCUGAGUUUGUUCAUGCCCCCUCACGACCGCAUCAGCUUCAACUUCCGCUGCGAGCAGGAGGCUCAGGAGUGGGCCACCGUGGUGAUAUCGUCACUCAGAGAGGCACACAGGGUGUCCGACAGCCCUCCCACUGAUGACCGACAACUUCCUCUGGAGGUCUUGGAGACACCCAGCUCUGCUUCCUUACCACGCACAGAGGAGAUGUGUGCUGAGCUGACCAGGGCCAUCGAGGCUGGUGACAUCCAGGCGGCCUCCAUCUACGCUGCCACCCUGGCUCGUCAGCAGGCAGAGCUGAAGAUCCAGCCCUCUGAGAGGAGCUACGGAGACACAGAUCUUAGCUUGGCUGUAGUGGUCGAAGAUUCUUCGUCUUCCUGUUGUGUCACAGUGAAAGUCCCCCCCCACGCGACCAUCGCAAUACUCAAGCAGCAGGUAUUCCUGGAGUAUGGCUUCCAUCCGCGGGUGCAGCGCUGGGUGAUUGGCCAAUGUCUGUGUGCAGACCAGCGCUCUCUCGCGUCCUACGGGGUGCGUAGGGAUGGAGACACGGCCUUCCUGUACCUCCUCUCUGCCCGCCACGCCCGUCUCACACGGCAGCUGCUCCAGCAGGACCAGGAAAGAGCCCUCCUCACCCCCGCUACCCCUCCUCUUGAGACCCCAAGCAACGGCCCCACAUCCCAGGACUGGAGGGGUUACAGCACCCUGCCCCCCAGACUGAGCCACAGCAGCAUGGGUUCAAAUGGAGCGGGGCCAAAUGGAGCGGGGCCAAAUGGAGCCGGGGCAGAGAGGCUGAAAAUCAGUGAAAUCAAAGACCUCAUCAACCUGGAGAUGCCGCAACUCACCAAAGCACUUAACCCUAAGAAAUCAGGGCCUCAGGGUUGGGCCUGCCCUUCUUGCACGUACAUAAACAAGCCCACGCGGCCUGGCUGUGAGAUCUGCAGUACAGACCGUCCAGAGAGCUAUACUGUUCCUGGGAGCUACAAACCAGACCCUCUGGAGCUUCACCGCAUACAGCAGGAGAAAGAAGCUGUCCGACAGUACCAGCAGGCGAGGGAAGCAGAGCGGAGGGAGAACUUUGCCCGGCUGGUGAUGUUGGAUGGAAAGGACCUGGUGCCCAACCCAGAUGCUGUGGACUGUAGGAUCUGUUACCUGGACCUGCAGCCUGGGGAGGGAGUCCUGCUCAGAGAGUGUCUCCACUGUUUCUGCAGAGAUUGCCUGCGCUCAGUAGUCCUGAUGUGUGAGGACCCGGAGGUGGCCUGUCCGUACCGUGAUGACACGUACGCCUGUGACUGCACCCUGCAGGGGAGAGAGAUCAGAGCCUUGGUGUCGGAAGAGGAGUACGAGCGCUGGCUGCAGAGAGGCUUGUCUGUGGCAGAGUCUCGUUGUGAGGGCAGUUACCACUGUGCCAGCCCAGACUGUGCCGGGUGGUGUGUGUACGAGGACACCGUCAACGUGUUCCACUGCCCCGUCUGCAACAAGCACAACUGCCUGCUCUGCAAGGCGAUUCAUGAAGGGAUGGACUGUAAGCAGUACCAGGAUGACCUUACGACCCGUGCUGAGAACGACUCGGCAGCCCGCAGAACCAGAGAUCUGCUCAAGACCCUGGUCCUCUCCGGGGAGGCCAUGCACUGCCCACAGUGCGGCAUCAUCGUGCAGAAAAAGGAGGGCUGUGAUUGGCUGCGUUGCACUGUCUGUCACAGUGAGAUCUGCUGGGUCACCAGGGGGCCUCGCUGGGGACCUGGGGGUCCGGGAGACACCAGCGGAGGCUGCCGCUGUAACAUCAACAACCAAAAAUGUCACCCAAAGUGUCAGAACUGCCACUGAGAAAGACAAUGAGGGAUGUGUGCGUUAAGAGUGAGAUAGGACAAAUUAAGUGUGUGUCACUCAAAGGAUUGAUGAUUGCACUGCACAUUUAGCUAUGCACGUUUUCUGUUGGUUUCUGUUCUCCCUUUAGGCUGUGUUUAGAUAGUCAGUCCAAUUCUGAUAUUUUUUUCACUCAUUUGUCUAUUGACCAAUCAGAUCAGCUCUGAAAAAGACCUGAUGUGAUUGGCCAAAAUACCAAUUAGUGUAAAAAAUACCAGAAUUGUACUGCUUGUCUAAAUGCAGCCCGAGUCAUGCAAUACUGUUCAGGGACACAUUAAACUAAGUGUACUUAACUUUUUCAGCCCUCAAAGCCAAAGUCUAAUACUAAUGACCGCAUUCUGGGGUUGUAACAGAGAGCGUACUGUGUUCUAACUGGACAUAAGAAACAGAACAAACAAUCUCUGUUUCAAACUGCACUGCGUUGUGUGCCAAUUAAUAGCCAUUUUGAAAGUACAUGAGUUCAUGUGAAAUGAAUACUUCUGCAUGUUUUUCUAUGUUUUAGCACCUCUGAAUGAAUGCCAGGCUCUGUCAUGUAGAUUUGUUUCCAAGACUAAGUGUUCUAUUUUGCUCUAUUUAUUACUCACAGGCUCUGGUUACAGACAGACAAAUGUAUGAAUGCCAAGAAAACACUUUCUAUCUGCCAGUUUUCAUGGAAUAAUCAGAUUUGCUCAGUAACUGCUGUGUGCCAUAGUGAGUUUUUAAAACAGUGUGUCAAUAAAGCCACUCUAAACACAA